UAUAUAAUAUAUAUGUACAUACAUAUUAUCAACAUCAUAUCUGCAUUAUGAAGGAAUGUGAUUUAUCAGUAAAAGUGGCACUGGAGGGGGGCCAAGGAUGAUGCAGGCAACCACUUGAAUGGGUGACCCUGCCGAAGUUACUUUUUGACUCAUUCAUUAGGGUGUGCAAGGAUACUAACAUAUAAUACAGUAUAUGAUUUUGUCUUGGAAUCCUGGUGGUGUCCUACUGUGAUCUGCAGGGAAGCAACAUGUGUUCUCUGAGAACGUUAUGUUACCUGAGAUAUAUUGACACCUUUGUGAAAAAUAAUUCAAAAGAAGAUUUAUUUUUCCAGAAUACAUUUUCUCUACAAUAAGGUACUCAGAAAUUUUUCCUAAAGCUAUACCAAUGUAGAGAGCAUAUUCUCUUAGAAGUUACAGUGAAAUUAGAUCAUAUUUAUUGAGAGUCUGGAAGAACUGAAGCUAUUGGCAAAGGUACUUUUGAGAUUAAGCCCCCUUUAGAACGUUAGUACAUGAAAAUGUGCUUUGCUGCAAUUGAUGUAGACUCUUUCUAGAGAUUGUGACUCUUCUCAAGCAAGAUGAGACACCCAUCAGCGUGUAAAGUACAUGGUAAUCCAUCUGUGUACAAGGUAUGUCAUCUGUUGACAUUAUACUUGAUGUAAUGUUACCUUCCACUUGACACAGUAGUAGCAUCCACAAAUUGUGUACAAAUGCUACAUUGUGAAUGGUGGUUUUUUCUUUUCUUUUUGUCCGUCCCCUCUUCUCCUAAUUUGCCGUGGACGUUGCUUCACCCCGCGUAUGGUGCUGCUCUUCCUGAACGGCGUAAACAGACAAGUCCAAGUCUCAAGUUGAUAGAAGUACCACAGUGAUCGCCAGGGAUGUUGAAGGCGGGGAGGAGAAAACCAAAGCUACCGCAGCAUCAGUGGUGGGCGCCAUGGCUGGUCUUAAGAACAGUUUAUUAUCUGGAGGUGGCAGUGGGGGAAAACCUGCGAUGGCUACAGGUGGUGGUGCAGGAGGUAUAAUGGCUGCUGUGGCAGCUGCAGCUGCAGCUGCAGCUUCUUCUACUGCCCCUGCUACACCAUCUGUGGCAUCAAACCCUUCCACUUCUAACAAAGAGCACAGACUUGAAAGUAAUGCAGAAUCUGUGCGCCCUGACCGCAAAUCCAGUAGCAGCCAGCUGAGCAGUGCCCAGCUGAGCACCAAUCAACUUAACAGCGCCAAUAGGAACAACAAUGUUUUGGACCGUGAGUAUCAGUGUUCCUCUGUCGUCAACUUCUGGGAGUUCUACUAGCAGUCUGUACUAAUGAAACAUGUUUAACCCUCCUGGCUAGAAAGACAGGCUAUAGCAUUAAUCACCAAUAGGAAUUAUAAUAAAAAACACUGCCUGUAUAGUAAGGUCAAUAUAAUAUUACAUUUAGUAAGGUCAAUUCUUUGUAUACAUCAGCGAGUAGAUGGCAGUACUAUGUAUUAAUGACUUGACGAACCACACACUUUAGGACUUGUGGUCACAAAUUUCAUUAAGAAUUAACAUCAAAAACUAUAAAGCUUGUUUAGGACCAGUGGAUUUUCCUGCAUAGAAAAACAUGGCAAUGAUUCAACACCCCUUUCACACAAACAUUAAAACUUAUUUGGACAACAAGCAUUAAAUGUAAUAUCUACACAUGUGUUUUCUGAGUUUCUCUAGAUAUUGUCUUAUGUUGGAAAGCGUGAACAACUUGGCUCUACUUUCCUGCAGCCAUCAAGCACUCAAGGAAUUCUCAACUUUGAAACUUUAACAUCACUUUGAUACAUGUCAAUUAAUGCUUAAUUUCUUUGAUAGUUCAUCACCUAAAUCAAUGAUAUUUUCCUUAGAUGUUUGCAAAGCAUGACAAUUGCAUGUUUCCCUCAAAUUCUAUAAAGAUGUUUUCAUAUAAAAUAUAAUUCGUCUGUAGAGAACCCCUGGUUUUUGUUUGUGUGAAGCCAUACUAAUCUAAUUACUUAAUUGCUAAAAAUAAAUGUGUUAUAUUUCUUGAAUGUCUUUCAGCCAUCCUUGCUAGACUUUUGCACAGCAGUUUUCUUUUCAUUUUAAUUCCUUGAAAAUUAAUUCAAAAUUGUUCCUUUUAAAACAUAAAAUCAUUCACCCACACAUUCUGCAGUCAUGUCCUGAUUGAUUUUUCAUUGCAGCACGCAAACAAGAAAUCAUCAAGGCCACCGAGCAGCUGAUUGACUGUAUAAACGGUGGAGACUUUGAGGGUUAUAC